AUGGUUCCUUCUUCCUCGCCGGAGAACCUGAAAAAACCUCCGCCCAGAAACACCAAUCCCCUCCGUAACGCCCUCACCGCCGUCAAGAUCCACGUCACCUCCCACCCCAGAUUCUGGCUCUUCAUCGCCUUCCUCUGGCUCCAGGCCCUCAUCAUCUCCGUCGCCCGCACCCCGCCGCCGUGCUUCCCCGACCGCUCCGCCCCCGUCCCCGCCGCCUUCCACCGGGAUCUGGUCCUCCCCGGCUGCACCGACCUCGACCCCUGGAACUGGGAGUGCGGCAUCAUCUCCAACCACGGCUACGGCCGCGCCGCCGCCGAGCUCCGCCGCAUCCUCCCCGGCGACCUCCACAGAUCCUGGUACCACACCAACCAGUUCACCUCCGAGGUCAUCUUCCACCACCGCGUCCUCCGCCACAGGUGCCGCUCCCCGUCGCCGGAUUCCGCCACGGCGUUCUACAUCCCUUUCUACGCCGGCCUCGCCGUCGGUAAGCACCUCUGGUCCAACGACACCUCCCGCCGCGACCGCCACUGCAAGAUGAUGCUCCGGUGGGUCCGGAACCAGAUCUACUGGAAAAAAUCCAACGGCUCCGACCACUUCAUGUCAAUCGGCCGAAUCACUUGGGACUUCCGGCGGCUGACCGACCCAGGCAGGUCGUGGGGCUCCAGCUUCCUCAAUAUGCCAUUGAUGCAAAAAGUCACGCGCCUCAUCGUGGAGAAAUACCCUGGAGACGAGAUGGACGUCACUGUACCCUACCCCACAGGAUUCCACCCCAAGACAAAAAACCAACUCACCGAGUGGCAGAAUUUCAUCCGGGCCUGCAAUCGGCCCAGCCUUUUCACCUUUAUCAAGGAAACAAAUGGCAAGUGGGCCCAAAAUGAUUUCCGGGCCCAACUAAUGGGCUACUGCAAGAACGAGCCCAGCUUGUGUCAGGCCGUUGACUGCGCUUUGACUGAGUGCCCGACUAACUCCUCAGUGAUUUUAAGUGCACUUUUGGGUUCUCAAUUCUGUUUACAGCCGAAAAUGGAAAGUUUUACGAGUCGCGCAGUUUUCGAUUGUAUGGUAUCUGGUUCGGUUCCUGUUUUUUUCACAAAGACUUCUUAUGAAGAGUAUGAUUGGUUUUUGCCGAGUGAUUCGGAUAGCUUCUCGGUUUUUAUAGAUGAGGAAGGGGUUAAGAAUUGCACGGUGUCUGUAAAGAAAGUUUUGUUGGGCUAUAGCAAAGAGGAGAUUCGAAAGAAGAGGGAAAAAGUGGUGGAGAUUAUACCGAGGAUAAUUUACAAGAAGCCGAAUGGGGAUAUCAAGAGUUUUAAGGAUGCUUUUGAUAUUGCUCUUGAUGGGGUAUUGGAGAGGAUUAAGGAGGAAAAAGAAUGGGCAGAUUUCUUAUGA